ACAUGAAGGUGGAAGUGAAAAUAAAGUUCGUUUUGUAAGAUCGAUGACGUUGAGCUGUAUUACAUUCUGUAUUGAAACAGUAACAGAGCAACCAUACUUAAGGUUCACGAGGAAUAUGUUCCCAUAUGCUUGGAGUUUCCUCUGAACUAGUAGAAUGGAUAUAAAGCAAACCACUUGCGGAUCUUUGCUGCAGCAACUGCAGCAAAUUUGGGAUAAAGUUUGUGAAAAUUACGAAGAGCGGGACAAAAUUCUUCUUCAAUUGGAUCAGGAGUGCUUGGAUGUGUACAAGAGAAAAGUUGACCUGACAUUGAAAUCUAGAGCCCACCUUCUUCAGACACUGGCAGAUGCUAGAGUUGAACUCACCAAUCUAUUAUCAGCUUUUGGAGAAAAGAAUUAUGUCGGAAUUCCUGACAAGACGUCAGGAACGAACAAGGAACAGCUUCAAGAACAUAUCUGCGGAGAUUGCUGGAGCUAGUGUCCAGGUUGAGAAUAUCACAGUUGAUGAGGCCAAUCUAUCCAUGAAAAAAUUAGAUAGAGUUUAAUGCCCAGCUUCAAGAUCUUCAAAAGGAAAA